AUGGAAAAAGCAAAAGAUCAAGAGCUAACGAGAAAGAUGCGAGAAUGCACCAUGUGGCCACUCAUCUGGCAGAAAAUACAAGAGAUCGAAGAGAAAGUGCAGGACCGGACGGACCCUGAGACGGUGAAAGUGGAAUUCCAAGUACUUCGAAACUACUUGAAAGUAGUUGACAUCAGUGAAACUUCAAGGAACGAAGUUCACGCCACUUAUUUUGGAUCAUCGACUUCAUACAACGGCCGUGCUGAUGCCGUUCCGCGGACUUCGAUCACGCCUCCUCCAUUGUCUCCGAUUCCGUCCUCCACCCGUCCGCAGGGAUCGAAUCAAAAUCAUGGAAAUGACGUUACCCAUUGGCAAUCGCUGCUCGAUUUGCCAAAGAUUCUGAAGAUCGAGGAAAGAGGUGCCGCGACUCGAAAAUUUCUCAUCACCGAUGGCGUAACAGAGUGUUGGUACUAUCUCAAAGACAAUAUCCGCUUGGACGACACAUUCCGAGUCAAUUGUGACGGUCGCCCGACAACCAAAGGAAAACUGUGCCCGGGAAAGUAUCGGCUUUCGAUCGAGAAGCCGAAUGAUAUGAUUCUCACCACCGACGAUGUUUAUAAUCGCAAAAAACGAAAGCUGAAUACCGACAAAGAGGAGAUCGAUCAAAUCUCCAACUACAAGAUUGUCGAACAAUUUCCAGAUGAACAUACUUGUGUUCGGGAAACGCCAGGUCCUCAAGCUGUUCAAAAUGGUGGAACCGAAGGUCGAGGAACUCCACCGCAAGAACCUGGAGCUGAUGUUAAACAAGAACCCAUCAUAAUAGACUGA